CAGAAGCCAGGUUUACCCCUAGGCAGCAUAUGAUCAAUAGGCUCCCUGUGAUGCCAGGCCCUCUGAUCUGAUUCUUUCAAACCCUAGCAUUCUGGAAGCAACUGAGGACUUCCUACAUAUGUUCUGGAAAUUACAGGUUUCAGCCAAAAUGAGCAAAACUCCUUCCACUACUGUUUCCAUGAUUCAUGCGACUUCUCCUGAAGGUCAGGUUCCUUUCCCUCGCCAUAUGAGCUUCACGCACCCUGUUGUGGCCAAAAAGAUCAGCUUCUACAAGAGUGGAGACCCGCAAUUUGGUGGGGUCAGGGUGGUGGUCAACCCUCGUUCCUUUAAGACAUUUGAUGCUUUGCUGGAUAACCUGUCAAGAAAGGUGCCCCUGCCUUUUGGGGUGAGAAACAUCAGCACCCCUCGAGGAAGGCACAGCAUCACAAGCCUGGAAGAGCUAGAGGACGGCGAGUCGUACCUGUGCUCCCAUGGCAGGAAAGUGCAGCCCGUGGACCUGGACAAGGCCCGCCGGCGCCCACGGCCCUGGCUCAGCAGUCGGGCCAUCAGCGCGCACGCGCACCACUCGCCUGCGGCCGCCACUCCCAGCAAGCUGCGCUCUCCGCGGAGGCUCGUGGUCUUCCGGAACGGCGACCCCAAAACGAGGUGCACGGUCUUUCUUAGCCGGAGGGUCACCCAGAGCUUUGAGGCCCUUUUGCAGCACCUAACUGAGGUCAUGAGGCGUCCGGUGACCAAGCUGUAUGCCACGGACGGUAGGAAGGUUCUCAGUCUCCAGGCAGUUAUCCUGAGCUCUGGAGCUGUGGUGGCUGCAGGAAGAGAGCCAUUUAAACCAGGAAAUUAUGACGUCCAAAAGUGCUUGCUUCCUGCUAGAUUACCAGGGAUCUCUCAUCAUGUGUACCCCAAGGGAAAUGCUAGGUCACAAAGCAGAAAGAGUGGUAACUGGAAAGUUUCCAUAAUCACCAGUGACUUGCCAAAUGCAGGGACCAGCUCACAGAUUUAUAUUGUACUAUAUGGACAACGUAGAAGUUCAGCCCCGAUUUAUCUUUAUGGAACAGAUGGAGCUCGAUUUCAGGAUGGCCAUGAAGACAUAUUUACUAUCACAGUUGGAGACAUUGGAACACUCUUUAAGAUUCGUAUUGGUCAUACCAACUCUGGACUCUCCCCUUCCUGGCACUGUAAAGAGAUACAGUUGUGGAACAUGAAUUCUGGAAACAAGUUUUACAUACCAGUUCAACGUUGGUUGGCACGAGAUCAAGAGGAUGGGGCAAUCUGCCGAGAAUUUCCUGUUUUAAACAAAGGACAACCUAUUCUUCCAGUGACAGUAUAUGAAGUGCACGUGGCAACUGGUGAGCUUUGGAAUGCUGGAACAGUCGCAAAUGUCUACAUUUCUGUCUAUGGGGAAAAGGGAGAUACAGGAUGCAGGCAACUACUUCAAUCAAAGGGCUCCUUCAAUUUUUUAAGAGGACAAACUGACACCUUCUCCCUAGAAGCUGUGCACCUUGGGGAUUUGUGUAAGAUUGUCAUAGGCCAUGAUGGGCUUGGGCCAGGAAAUGGCUGGUUUCUUGAUGAUGUUAUAAUCAAAGAUCCUACAACAAACCAUGAAUAUUCCUUCCUCUGUCACAGAUGGCUGGAUCAAGGAGAAGAUGAUGGUAAAAUUGUCAGAGAACUCUAUGCCAGGGAUAACAGUAUCAUCUUUGCAAGACAGAAGCUAGAACUUAAUAGAAAAGAAACAUGGGCUGCAGAAAGAUGGAAGUUUAUGAAAGGAAAUACUCUUCAAUUCUACAACAGGCUUACUGGAGGAUUUGUUCGUCUGCAUCCAGACAGCACAGUUGAUGCAGUUGGAGAGGAGACAGACAAAUAUGGUCUCUUUGAUGUUGUUUUCAAUGAAGGAAAUAUAUGCAUUUUCCGAAGUCAUGAAAUGAGACAUCUUUCUCUUGCUCUUGACAACAGCUCUGUCACUGGAAUGGCCUGUGGUGGAGCCUCCACUGAGCUGCGGGUGCUUUAUCAGCCCAACCACUGUGCACUUCUUGAGUCAACGCUGUUUCCUGGUCAUGCAGUUAUUUUUGACUGUCAUGGCAAAAUAGCUGAUGAGUCAUCAGCAGGCUAUGCAGACCUUUCAAAAGAAUUUGUGGUUUUUGUCAAGGGUGUGUUCCUUGACACUACUGUCCUCCUACUUGCUACAAGCCCUUGUCAGGCCUUGUGUCUCCAGGCUGAUGGGAGCUGCACUGGAAUGGGAAACCAGUCUGAAAAAUCCUACUGGAAAGUGCAUAAAAUCAGCUCUGGGAUUUGCAUGUUUGAAAGUGUGCAAAGAUCACAGAUGUAUCUGAGGAUUAAGGAUGGCCACUGUGAUGGAACAGGUACAGGAGAUAUUGACUGUCAUUUUAAAAUUAAGAAGAACUUGGAAAAUGCAUCUGUAAGCCUGGAGUCUACGAAGAGCCCAGGGUUGUUUGUUGGACUUCAGUCAGAUGGACAGGCAAAACCAGUUAUUUACUCCAAAACUGGGAAUGUCUUCUUCUAUCCACAAGUCAUCAAAUUUGGCAGGGAAAAACCAAUGGGUAUGUUGGCUACCUGCAGUCAAGAAGAGGAAAAGAUCCAUGAGUCAAAAAACCAGCAAGAAACACCAUCAGAAUCUGAGGCCAGGGGGCCCUUACUUUUUCCAGCUGCAAAAGAAGGCAGACCUUCCGAAAGCAGAGAGAUUCUUCAGUCAGAAGAUGAAUGGAAGGUAUUAGUGCUGACGGGAAAUACAGGGACUCAAGCCAAUGUCAUACUCUGGGUGUAUGGAGAUGAAGGAAUUACUGGACCAGUGCAUCUUAGCAAGGACAGCCCAGAGCAACUUUUCCUUCCAAGACAGGAGGAUGAGUUUCAGGUUGAAAUAAGAAACACUGGAAAGAUAUAUAAGAUAAGGAUAGGACAUGAUGGAACUAGUGAGCAACCUGAGUGGAGCUUACAAAGGGUGACCAUGCACCAUAUGAAGAGCAAGACGAUCCUAGAGUUUGCAGCAAAUGUGUGGUUAUCUCGAAUCCAGGCAGAUGGAGAUGUUGUCUGUGAGCUUCCUGUAAUAAAAGAAGGACAAGCUAUUUUUCCAUUAGUGAGAUACCAUGUUGAUAUCCACACUGGGCAAUUGAAGCAAGCAGAAACGGAGUCUAAAGUUUCCCUAUGUCUCUAUGGAGAGAGGGGAGAUUCUGGUCUUAGACUGCUGUACAAAUCUAACAUGCCAGUAAAAUUUCAGAGAGGACAGAUUGAUACAUUUCAUGUAGAAGCAGUAUCGCUUGGAAAACUGCAGAAGGUGCUGUUGCACUGUGAGGCCAGCGACAAAUCACAGCACUGGUACUGUGAAAAGGUGGUCGUGAGAGAGCCUGGUUCUGCAUCUGAGUCCAUCUUCACCUGUGAAAGAUGGCUUCCCUUUAUGUCUCAGGGCAUAAUUCAUUCAGAAAUUGAACUUUAUCUUCAAGAAAUGCAAAUAAAUCAUCAACCUAAAAUACAAGAGGAAGCAAAUGAAGGAGAUUGGAAAGUGACUGUAGUCACUGGGGAUCUUGAAAAUGCUGGCACCACGGCAACAGUAUCCCUUUGUGUCUAUGGAGAAGCAGGAUGUUUAGGUCCUAUUAUUUUGGGAUCUGGGAAACACCAGCUGUUUAACCCAAACACUGAAGAUACAUUCAAGAUUAAUCUUAAAGACAUUGGUGAAAUCUAUAAAAUAUGUAUUGGACAUGACAACAGUGGAAAAAAUCCCAGAUGGUAUCUGGAAGAAAUUAGACUUGAAAAUAUAGGGACCUGUGAACUAUUUUGUCUAACUAUUGAUUCCUGGAUACCUGAGAAUGGAAGUGAUGGAGAUGUAUGGAAAGAAAUGCCUAUUGUGAGAACUAACAAAGCAACUUUGCUGGGUAUAUAACUUCAUUUCCUUUGUGAUAUGUAUUAAGAAUUAAAAUCAUUGAAAUGAUUUCAAACAGAGAUCAGCAAUACCUUUCUGUAAAGGGCCACUCAGUAUCUUAUGCUUCCUGGGCCAUAAAGUCUCUUAAAACUCAACUUUGCCAGUGUCUUGAGACAUCUGCUCUAGAUAUUAUGUAAACUGAUGGCAUGACUGUGUUCCAAAUAAAAUGA